UGCUCCCGGCUCACGUUGUGCCGAGUUGGGCAGAGGCGAGGCGAGGCGAGGCGAGGCGCCGCGCCCGGGGCCGGCAGCCGCCGUCGCGGGGAGGGAGCUCUAUUUUCUCCCCGGGAAGCAGCUCUUGCGGGGGGCGGCGGGGAGAUCUUAUAAAAGAGUCCACGCAGCUAUUGCGCACUUCGUAUUAGCCGGGAAAGAGACACUGCGCGAGGCUAAGGUGAAAGCAGGCCACCGGCUCGUGGCUCGCGAGCUCUGCCCUGCGCAGCCCUCGCAGUCCGAGCGCAGGCUGCCACCUUGGCCGCACCCCACAGCCUCCAGCCUCCACGCUCUCCCCGUCUCGUGCGGGAGAGAGCAACACUUAGGAGAUCGCAGAAAUCGUCUUUUGAUUUCUUUUCCAUCCACAGUCACAAAGCUCGGGAGGUCACACAAUAAUGAGCACUCCCAGCAAACACGCGCGCUCCCCCCAGCUCCCUUCUAUCUCACAAAAUCAUCUCCUUCAAUUUGCCAUGAUCGUCGCGACCAGGAGCCAGGUGAUUAUCCUAAUUAAUGUCUAUCUAAUUAAAUUACUGUCAGCGGUUAACCAAUGGCAGGAGCCGUUUCAUCCGCUCCACAAGCAGCAAGAUCAAAAGUGAGUCUUUCCUGAUUGCUGCAUAGUGUCAAUUGGCCAAUCUCUUCUCCCAGGGAAAAAAAAAAGUAAAUCAAACGUUUGGGAAGCAUUUGGUGGAAGAAGUGCUUUCUGCUUAGCGAGGGUCCCGCAAUGUCUAGUUUCUAGUGUUAAGGAGCCCUUUCAGAUCCAGGGACUGAAGGGUUAUUCUGUGGUGCUAGAGCUAUGCAGCUGGAGCAUUGUCUUUCUCCCUCUAUCAUGCUCUCCAAGAAAUUUCUCAAUGUGAGCAGCAGUUACCCACAUGCAGGCGGAUCUGAGCUUGCCUUGCAUGAUCAUCCCAUUAUCUCGACCACUGACAACCUGGAGAGAAGUUCACCUUUGAAAAAAAUUACCAGGGGGAUGACGAAUCAGUCAGAUACAGACAAUUUUCCUGACUCCAAGGACACACCAGGGGACGUCCAGAGAAAUAAACUCUCUCCCGUCUUGGACGGGGUCUCUGAGCUUCGUCACAGUUUCGAUGGAUCUGCUGCAGAUCGCUAUCUGCUCUCUCAGUCCAGCCAGCCCCAGUCCGCUGCCUCUGCUCCUAGUACCAUGUUCCCUUACCCCAGCCAGCAUGGACCCGCUCACCCAGCCUUUUCUAUCGCCAGCCCCAGCCGCUACAUGGCUCACCAUCCUGUGAUCACCAAUGGAGCUUACAACAGCCUCCUGUCCAACUCUUCUCCGCAAGGUUACCCAACGGCGGGCUACCCCUACCCCCAGCAGUACGGCCAUUCCUACCAAGGCGCGCCUUUCUACCAGUUCUCCUCCACCCAGCCGGGGCUGGUGCCCGGCAAGGCGCAGGUCUACCUGUGCAACAGGCCACUCUGGCUGAAAUUUCACCGGCACCAGACAGAGAUGAUCAUCACCAAGCAAGGGAGGCGCAUGUUCCCUUUCCUAAGUUUCAACAUCUCCGGCCUGGAUCCCACGGCUCACUACAACAUUUUCGUGGAUGUCAUUCUGGCCGAUCCCAACCACUGGAGAUUUCAAGGAGGCAAAUGGGUUCCUUGCGGCAAGGCGGACACCAAUGUGCAAGGAAACCGGGUGUACAUGCACCCCGACUCCCCCAACACCGGGGCCCACUGGAUGCGCCAGGAGAUCUCCUUCGGGAAGCUGAAACUUACAAACAACAAAGGAGCCUCCAACAACAACGGGCAGAUGGUGGUCUUGCAGUCCUUGCACAAGUACCAGCCCCGCUUGCACGUGGUGGAGGUGAAUGAAGACGGGACAGAGGACACCAACCAGCCGGGCCGAGUGCAGACGUUCACUUUCCCCGAGACCCAGUUCAUAGCGGUCACCGCCUACCAGAACACGGAUAUCACGCAGCUGAAGAUAGAUCACAACCCUUUCGCAAAAGGCUUCCGAGACAAUUAUGACACGAUCUACACGGGCUGCGACAUGGACCGGCUCACGCCCUCCCCCAACGACUCGCCCCGCUCGCAGAUCGUGCCCGGGGCCCGCUACGCCAUGGCGGGCUCCUUCCUGCAGGACCAGUUCGUGAGCAACUACGCCAAGUCCCGCUUCCACCCGGGCGCGGGCGCCGGCCCCGGGCCGGGCACGGACCGCAGCGUGCCGCACACCAACGGGCUGCUGUCGCCGCAGCAGGGCGAAGACCCGGGCGCGCCGUCCCCGCAGCGCUGGUUCGUCACCCCGGCCAACAACCGCCUCGACUUCGCCGCCUCCGCCUACGACACGGCCACCGACUUCGCCGGCAACGCGGCCACGCUGCUGUCCUACGCGGCCGCCGGCGUGAAGGCGCUGCCGCUGCAGGCGGCGGGCUGCACGGGGCGGCCGCUGGGCUACUACGCCGACCCGUCGGGCUGGGGCGCCCGCAGCCCGCCGCAGUACUGCAGCAAGUCCAGCUCCGUGCUGUCGUGCUGGCCCAACAGCGCGGCCGCCGCCCGCAUGGCCAGCGGCAACCCCUACCUCGGGGAGGAGGCGGAGAGCCUGGCCCCCGAGCGCUCCCCGCUGCCGGGCGCCGAGGACUCCAAGCCCAAAGAUUUGUCUGACUCCAGCUGGAUCGAGACCCCGUCCUCCAUUAAGUCCAUCGACUCCAGCGACUCUGGGAUAUACGAGCAGGCCAAGCGGAGGCGGAUCUCGCCGUCGGACACGCCGGUGUCCGAGAGCUCCUCGCCCCUCAAGAGCGAAGUGCUGAGCCAGAGGGACUGUGAAAAGAACUGCGCCAAGGACAUCGGCUACUACGGCUUCUACUCGCACAGCUAGAGCCGCCCGGGCCCUCGGGCCCCGCCGGCGACCGUCGCCGGGCCUUUUGCACAGCGACCUCGGCAGUCAGCGCACUGAGCUCCACCUUUUCACCCGAGCUGCGAUGUCCCCGCGGGCCCCCGCCUGCCGGGGCCCCGGCGCUGAGACCGCGACCGCGACCGCGCCGCGGACUGUCCCAGCCUCCUCGGCCCACGUUAGACUCUCAAACACUCAGCGCUUCCUUCCUUUGCCCCUGGCUGGAUAGUAGGGGGUGGUAGUGAUAGUGGGACAGAGCCUGUGAGACGCCUGUACAUAGUGUUUAAUUCCCUGUGCCGGAUGGUUCUGCUCUCUCCGUUCCCAUCGUGAAGUCACAAAACUAGCUCUCGUUUAACUUUCUCCGUCCCUCCCCUCCCCUCCCCUCCUCCAGGUUCUCUCUCUCCGACAUGCCUCUGGAAAGAUGAAAUGGCCCAGAGCUGUAGCAGCGAGUAAUGGGUUUCUCACUUCCCUGCAAUCCCGCGCAUGAAAUAAUUACUCUGUGCCCUGGGCUAACACAGCUAAGGAGUAGCUGUGCUUCCCCCUCAAAAGAGGAGAGCUCCAUCUUGUAGGAAAGUCGAUUAAGUAGCAUGACGCCUUCAAACAGCAAAAUUAACUGCAUCUGUAUCUCUUCCCCCCCUUCUUUUAAAAGGAACAGCUCGAUAUCAGCAAUAUUAUUAUUAUUAUUAUUAUUAUUAUUAUUAUUUA